AUGGCAGCAGACUUCAACAUGGACUUACCUCCUCAAGUGAACCCAUUGCCCGGCGGCAACCCGCCCCCCGGCGGCAACAAGAAGGAGUGUGUGGUCAGGGAGCAAGACCGUUUCAUGCCGAUCGCGAAUGUCAUCAGGAUCAUGCGGAAGAUUCUCCCGUCGCACGCCAAAAUCUCCGACGACGCCAAAGAGACCAUGCAAGAGUGCGUGUCGGAGUUCAUCAGCUUCGUCACCGGCGAAGCCAACGACCGGUGCCAGCGCGAGCAGCGCAAGACCGUCACCGCCGAGGACGUCCUUUGGGCCAUGAGCAAGCUCGGCUUCGACGACUACAUUGAGCCCCUCACUCACUACCUCCACCGCUACCGUGAGUUCGACGGCGGCGAUCGCGGCUUGCUCCGGGGGGACCCACUCCUCAAGCGGGUCGCCGCCACUGCUGCCUCUGAUCAGGCCUUCUCGGCCUUCCCGCCGGCCAAUGCAUUCCAUCACAUGGUGGCGGCGCCGCCGCCGCUGCACCACCACUCUGGGUUCUAUGCCCCGCUGCCGCCCAUGAAUCUGUUCAAGGAUCCUACUGCUGCCGGGCCGUCGUCCAUUGAGCCAUUCCCGCCGCACAAUGAGAAAAUGUGA